CUCAGAGCAGCUUCAUACCUCAAAUGUUUUUGUGACAUUGAGAUUUCUGCCUGAAUUAAUUAUGUAAAUCAAGCCCAAUGGUGUUUUGUUUCUUUUUGACAAAACUGCUCACAUUUUAAAUUGUUUUCACAAGUUCAUGUAUGAGAGUGGAAACAUGUUGAGACGCCUCCGAGCCCGCAGCAGGAGUUUGUUCCCUGGCUACAAACCCGGCAGCCGAACUGUAGCCUUCAGGGAACCAGACGACUUUGUGGAUUUGACCAGGAUCAUUGUAAAGCCAUGGAAUUCUAUGCAGGAUCUAGGCAAGGACAUCUAUGAUCUUUAUGCUGAGGAUGAAGAGGAGGAUGCAUCGCCCCCUCAUGUGCUGCUUUCUCCCGCCAAGCACUUCACACUUAACAUCAAUGUUGGUGGAACUUUGUACCACCUGCCCUACAGGUUAGCUGUCAGGUACCCCAAAACACGGAUUGGCCGCCUUGCUACAUAUACAGACCAUAACAAGAAGUUGGAACUUUGUGACGACUACAUUGUCCGCAGCAAUGAGUUCUUCUUUGACCGGGACCCCAUCAUUUUCCAGAAUAUUUUCAACUUUUAUAGUACUGGGGUCUUGUGGAUUAAAGAUGAACUUUGCCCCCGCAACUUCCUGGAGGAGAUCAACUACUGGGGCGUCAGGAUCAAGAACAGCCAUCGCUGCUGUCGCAUCUCAUUCGAGGAGAGGCAGGACGAGCUAAACGAGCAGCUAAAAAUACAAAAGCAGCUGAUGGCGGAGGUGGAGAUAGUUGCAAUGGAGGCAAAUGAGGCCUUGUAUCAAAACAUGGCCUUUGGACACACCCGCUGGAAGAUCUGGAACAUGAUGGAAAAGCCAUUCUCCUCUGUUGCUGCCAAGCUCAUGGCUGUCGCAUCCUCCAUUAUUGUCCUGAUCUCACUGGUUGCCAUGACACUGAACACCGUGGAGGAAAUGCAGUACAAGGGGCCAUCUGGCCAGUUGAGCGGCAGGUUCUAUGGUGAACAUGUGGAGACUUUCUGCAUCUCCUUCUUCACCCUGGAGUAUGUUCUCCGCUUGCUGUCAACUCCCAACAUCAGAAGUUUUGGACGCAGCGUCCUCAACUCAGUUGACCUGAUCGCCAUCCUGCCGCACUACUUGCAAAUGGUUCUGGAGUGUUUUGAUGAAAAGGACACACACAUGGAUUCUGUAGACAUUGAGACUGUGUCACGUGUCGGAAAGUUAGGCCAAGUCCUGAAAAUCAUGCGAUUGAUGCGGAUCUUUCGGAUUCUAAAACUGGCUCGUCACUCAACAGGCCUCAGAGCCUUUGGCUUCACACUGAGACAGUGCUACCAGCAGGUGGGCUGUUUGCUGCUGUUUAUUGGCAUGGGGAUCUUUGUGUUCUCAGCCAUGGUGUACACUGUCGAGCAUGACGUUCCCAACACCAACUUCACUUCCAUGCCACUUGCAUGGUGGUGGGCUGCUGUCAGCAUUUCCACAGUGGGCUACGGUGACAUGCUACCAGAGACCAACCUGGGCCGCGUCUUUGCCUUCGCCUGCAUCGCCUUCGGCAUCAUCCUCAACGGCAUGCCCAUAUCUGUGCUCUACAACAAGUUCUCGGACUACUACGGCAAGCUCAAGUCACAAGAGUAUGCAGCAGUCACCAAAGCUCGCGGCGAUCUGCAGUUUGCGCGAAGGGCAGCAAAGAAGUUAGCGGAAUGUUAUCAGUCAAGAGCGUCCCGACUGCAGUGUCAAUUCGUUAACGCAGCAGAGGGGAAAGCUUUUGGAGUCUGUCAAGGCCACACACGCUCGUAACCUGACGCUAACAGGACACGUGGACAUUCAUCCCUAUAAUCUAUACCCCAAAGUCAGACAUAAGGAGUGGUGAGAAAGAUUGUUACAAGUAAGACCGAACUUCUACCUCUGUAUAAUUUGACAGAGUACAUUUGUGACCUGAUAUCUUUAACAGUGGUCUGAAAAGUACCAGCCAUGACUUUCCAACUUCCACUUUUUAAGUCUAACUGCGUCACAAUAUCUUGAAUGGGAACAAGAUUGUGCGUCAGGCGUAUCCAAACAUUAGAUUGAGUGCAUGCUAAGAGUACACGUGACGUGACAGAGAUAUGCUGAGGAAGCGAGUUAAUGUGUCACUGAGGCAAGCCAGUGUGUGCAUGUUGGCGUCAGAGGUGCCAACUGACCAGAUGGAAUAUUGCGCAAGCACCCGUGUGAGGAAUUAACAUUCAUAGUAAUCAAACCAUUUACACAGUUUUCGACUACUGUGAAUGUUAAUCCUCUUCGUUCUAAUAAGAUGUUGACAUUAACAAGGGGUCAAGGUGAGACCCCUAACACUGAAUACAGUGGUCCCUUGCUACUUCAUGUUUCGAACUUUUUUUAAUUACAAAAAAACUGAGUAUUUUAAAAAAUGCAAAGAUGUGUACAUAGAUGUACAAUUCAUUGUUUUAUACAGUAUAUAUGGCGGAAAACACAGACAAGACUGAAAAAGCAGUUU